AUGGAAUCCUCUGGGCAAAAGAAACUCCUCCUCGUCAACGGGCCAAACCUGAACCUUCUCGGCACUCGGGAACGACACAUAUAUGAGUCAACGACCUUGCCUCAGAUCACAUCAGCGUUAUCAGACCAAGCGCAGGUUGAUAGCAUCGAAUUGAAGGACUUCCAAUCGAAUCAUGAAGUUGUGAUCAUCGAGCGGAUUCACCUGGCUUUGGAGGCGAAACUGUCUGGCAUCAUCAUCAACCCCGGUGCAUUUACUCAUACGUCCGUGGCGAUUAGAGAUGCCUUGGUUGGUGUACAGAUACCUUUUAUAGAAAUACAUUCCAGCAAUGUGCACGCAAGAGAACCAUUCAGGCACCACAGCUAUCUAAGCGAUAGAGCCGAGGCCGUCAUCUGCGGUCUGGGUACGAACAGCUAUGUUGCUGCCCUUGACUAG